AUGUGUAAUAGAGGAGUAUUCCAGCUUAGGCUUGUCAAGCUUCAAUUCUGUGAUUGGGGUGGUAGCUCACAAGGGGUCAGAGACCUUUUUAAAACUCAGCUUGUAGAAGAUUGGAUUGAUAGAAACCCUGGAAUGACUUUUGAAGCAUAUAUGAGGAGAAGCAGACAUCCUUAUAUUUAUACUCAGUAUAUCAAUGGGUGGACUAGAACACUUAGCAUAAGAAACAUGAAGCCAGAGGAAAUCAUGGACGUUUUGGAGCAAGCAAGAAAUCAAAUUGGGCAUCAUGCUUAUAAACAUGCUGGGAACAAAGUAAUUUCGACUAACACGAGCAUUCAAGGACCGUGGAUGCCUAAUAUGUGGGGAACUAAUAAGAUAUAUCAGGACCAGAAAUUGAGGAAACUUCCUGAGUUCCCACUUACACCAAAGGAAAGAGAGCCUAAGAAACCUGAACCAAAGGAGAGCGAAAAGAUUGACACCUGGAUGAGACAAAGAGUAAUCCUUUAA